AUGACUAGUGAUGUAUGUAUUCUCAAGUUAGUUGGAGCAAUCUUUGUUCUGUUGCAGUUCGGCUUUCUUUUGUCCAACUAUUAUGGAGCUGUGGUUGAUGCAAAACAUGUUGCCUCUGUUUCUGGUGGUUGUAUAGAGAAGGAGAGACAUGCUCUCCUUGAGUUGAAGGCCAGCCUUGUGUUGGAUGAUGCUAACCUUUUGUCUACUUGGGACAGUAAGAGUGAAUGUUGUGCAUGGAAAGAAGUCGGUUGUAGCAAUCAAACUGGCCAUGUUGAAAAGCUUCAUCUAAACGGUUUUCAGUUUGGUCCUUUUCGAGGCAAGAUCAACACAUCAUUGAUGGAGUUGCGACAUUUAAAGUAUUUGAACCUCGGAUGGAGUACGUUUUCAAACAAUGAUUUCCCAGAAUUAUUUGGUUCUUUAAGCAACUUGAGAUUCCUUGACCUCCAAAGUUCAUUUUAUGGAGGAAGAAUUCCAAAUGAUCUUUCUCGUCUUUCGCACUUGCAAUAUCUUGAUCUUUCACAGAAUAGCCUCGAGGGUACAAUCCCUCAUCAACUUGGAAAUCUGUCUCAUUUGCAGCACCUUGAUCUUAGUUGGAAUAAUCUUGUUGGAACCAUUCCUUAUCAGCUUGGAAGCCUUUCGAAUUUGCAGCAGCUUCAUCUUGGAGACAAUCGAGGACUCAAAGUUCAUGACAAGAAUAAUGAUGUUGGAGGUGAGUGGCUUUCUAAUCUCACUCUUUUAACCCAUCUUGACUUGAGCAGCUUAACCAAUCUCAAUUCUUCUCAUGUCUGGCUCCAAAUGAUUGGUAAGCUUCCAAAAAUAGAAGAAUUGAAGCUAUCCCAAUGUCAUCUUUCUGAUCUUUCUCAUUCCCAUUCCAAAAAUGAACAACAGGGUGGGAUUUUUGAAUCACUUGGGGAUUUAUGUACCUUGCACUUAUUGUAUCUUAAUGUUAACAAUUUGAAUGAAGCCAUUUCAACAAUUCUUCUCAAUUUAUCUGGUUGUGCAAGAUACUCGCUGCAAUAUUUGAGUUUACAUGACAACCAAAUUACUGGAACACUGCCUAACCUUUCUAUAUUCCCAUCUCUAAUAACAAUCGACCUUUCAAGUAAUAUGUUAAGCGGGAAGGUGCCACAGGGAAUUCCAAAAUCAUUGGAGUCCUUCGUACUUUCUUCAAAUUCUUUAGAAGGUGGAAUUCCAAAAUCAUUUGGUAACCUAUGUUCGUUAAGGUCACUAGACUUGUCAAGUAACAAGCUAAGUGAAGAUCUUUCAGUGAUGCUUCAUAAUUUAUCUGUUGGGUGUGCAAAGUACUCGCUGCAAGAAUUAGAUUUGGGUAGAAACCAAAUUAUUGGAACGAUACCUGACAUGUCAGGGUUCUCAUCUUUAGAACAUUUGGUCCUAUCUGACAAUCUAUUAAAUGGUAAAAUAAUACAAAUGUCUCCAUUCCCGUAUAAAUUAGAGAGUCUAUAUUUGGAUUCCAAAAAUUUAAAAGGUGUGAUCACCGACUCUCAUUUUGGCAACAUGUCCAGGUUAGGGUCUUUAAACUUGAGUUUCAAUUCAUUGGCUUUGAUAUUUAGUGAAAAUUGGGUGCCACCUUUUCAAUUGACAUACACAUUAUUAAGGUCUUGUAAUUCAGGUCCUAACUUUCCAAAGUGGUUGCGGAAUCAAAAACAUAUUCAAGAGUUGGAUAUUUCUGAUGCUAGAAUCUCAGAUGUAGUUCCAGUGUGGUUUUAG